UGUUCGAGCGGUAGCCGCAGCAGCCAAUUUAAUCGUAGUUCCACAUAAAAAAACGUCUCGUUUCACAUGUGAAGAAAUAUUGACAGCUACAACAAUUAUCAACAUACAAAUAAUAAGACAAAAAAAUUAUGCAAUCAUCUAAUCUCUUCCAAAGAAUAUUUAUAUUGGUGGCACUCGCAUAUCAGCCACCCCCAAAUAAUAAUGAUAGUGCGGAUAAUGCCGACUGGAAUUUGAACGAAAACGGUGCGGAUUGGGAGGGAAUUUGUGCGGCUGGUAUGAGGCAGAGCCCUAUUAAACUGUCUAUUAAUAGUUCUAUUAUUAGGCCGCUACCACGAAUUUUCUUUGGAAAUUAUGACGUAAGGCUCAAAAGACCGCUAAAAUUGGCUAACAAAGGAUACACGGUUGAAAUGGCCAUACCACAAACACGCAAUGGCCAAAAACCAUUUAUUGCAGGCGGCCUGCUCAGGGGACAAUAUGUGGCCGAAGGCGUGCAUUUGCAUUGGGGAUCGCCUGCUUCCGGCGGAUCCGAGCAUAUGGUGAAUAAGAGACGCUACGAUGCGGAAAUGCAUAUUGUGCAUCGGAAUGCACGCUACACCAAUAUAGACGAAGCCUUAAACUAUUCAGAUGGUGUUGCCGUACUCGGCAUUAUGUUUAAGAUUGUCAGAAUACCGGAUCGCAUUUAUCCAGGACUAAAGAAGAUAUAUGCAGAGCUUCCCAAUUUGGUUGAAUAUCACAGCGAAGCCAAGCUACCAGGCUCCAUCACACUUGGUCAAUUGCUGGGCGACUUGAAUACACGCGACUUUUACACCUACAGGGGAUCGUUAACCACGCCGGAGUGCAACGAGGCUGUUACGUGGACGGUGUUUGCCAAGCCCUUGCCCGUAGCCAUGACAGAUGUGGUCAAGUUGUGGAAACUGCAGGAUUCCGAUGGCAAUCUGAUAAGAAAUAACUACCGGGUACUUCAGCGUCGCAACAAUCGACCCGUUUUUUAUCGCACUCCUGAAUCUCAGUAGUUAUUAUCUAGCUUAGUAAGGGGGUCUCUCGAAAAUCCGCAUCAAAAAUAUAUAAAUAAUGUAUGUAGUGUAUAUAUAUAUAUAUAUAUAGGAGGUCGAUACGCUUGUUGCCUACUUCUGGUACGACAUGAUACACUUAAUGACUUAAUUAAAAGUAAAAUAUAAUGUUUAUGGUGUUAAAGUAUUGAAACACAUUUUAAAUAUAAAUGACUCUAGCUC